AUGGAAAGUCUAUAUGCAAACAUAGAGGUUUUUGGAGAAGUUUUAGACACUUGGGUUGAUUUACUUAACCACCAAGAACUGGAAAGGGAUUUUGGAAAUUCACCAUACAGACUCUUCUUGAAAGUUGUAGUUUCUGAGAACUUUCAUGACAGUACCGAUGGGUACAAAAAAAUCUUGAACAUCAAAGAUAUUGACAUGGUAUUCUUUCCAGUUGUUAUAAGUGCUCACAUUUUUGUGAUUGUCUUCAACUUAAAGAAACCAUCAAUUGAAAUUCUGGACAACAGUGCAGUUGAGGGGGAUUAUGAAGCGAAAUACGGAGUACUAUUGAAGCCUUUGGCUAAGAUGUUGGAUCUUGCUGAAAAAUAUCAAAAAGUUGACUUCAAAGUGCGUACUGAUCAUGCAUAUGAGGCUAUGGAAACAAUUCAAAAAAGGUUAAAAGAAUAUUGA